AUGUGGCCGGAGGCGCUGCUGGAACCGGAGGUGGCCCGGGACCACCGGGGAUGGACACGGGACCACCGGGGAUGGACACGGGACCACCGGGAUGGACCGAGGGAUCACCGGGAUGGGCCGAGGGAUCACCGGGAUGGACCGAGGGAUCACCGGGAUGGGCCGAGGGACCACCGGGAUGGACCGAGGGAUCACCGGGAUGGGCCGAGGGACCACCGGGAUGGGCACGGAUCCCCCAGGGUGGACCCCGCGACCACCGGGAGGAUGCGGGAUAUCCCGGGAUGGACCCGGGACACCCCAGGAUGGACCCGGGACCCCCCGGGACAGACCCGGGAUCCCCCGGGACUGACCCGGGACAUCCCGGGAUUGACGCGACCCCCCCAGAAUGGACCGGGACCCACCGGGAUGGACACGGAGCCCUCCGGGGGGACACGGGACCCCUCGGGACAACCCCGGGACCCCUCGGGACAGCCCCGGGACCACUCGGGACAGCCCCGGGACCCCUCGGGACAACCCCGGGACCCCUCGGGACAGACCCAGGACCACCCGGGACAGACCCGGGACCCCUCGGGACAACCCCGGGACCCCUCGGGACAGACCCAGGACCACCCGGGACAACCCCGGGACCCUCCGGGACAGGUCCGGGACCCCUCGGGACAGCCCCGGGACCCCUCGGGACAACCCCGGGACCCCUCGGGACAGACCCAGGACCACCCGGGACAGACCCGGGACCCCUCGGGACAGACCCAGGACCACCCGGGACAACCCCAGGACCCCUCGGGAUGGCCCCGGGACCCCUCGAAACAACCCCGGGACCCCUCGAAACAACCCCGGGACCCCCCGGGAUUGCCCCGGGACCCCUCGGAACAACCCCGGGACCCCCCGGGAUUGCCCCGGGACCCCCCGGUCGCCCCCCGGGACGCGGAGCAGCGGCACCGGGCCAUCGUGUCGUGGUUCUCGGACCACCCCCGGGCCCCGUUCGGGAUCCACCGGCUGGUGGAGCUGGGCCGGGAGUUCGGCAAGAGCGCCGGGGACUGGUUCGGUCCCGCCAUCGCCGCCCACCUGCUCCGGGCGGCCGUGGAAUCCUGCACCGAGACCCCCGGGCUCGCCGUCUACGUGGCCCAGGAUUGCACCGUUUAUAAAGAGGACGCGGCCGGGUUGGUGCGGGGCGAGCGUGACGGGGAUGCGGCGGGACGCGGAGCGCCGGGAAUACCGGGAGCACCGGGAGCGCCGGGACACGGGACACCGGGACCGGGAACAGCGGGAGCACCGGGACACGGGACACCGGGAACACCGGGAGCACCGGGAGCACCGGGAUUGGGAAUACCGGGAGCGCCAGGACACGGGACACCGGGACUGGGAACAUCGGGAGCGCCGGGAAUACCGGGAGGACCGGGACCGGGAACAGCGGGAGCGCCGGGAUUGGGAGUACCGGGAGCUUCGGGACAUGCAACACCGGGACCGGGAACAUCGGGAGCGCCGGGACACGGGACACCAGGACCGGGAACAUCGGGAGCACCGGGAUUGGGAACAUCGGGAGCACCGGGAUUGGGAAUACCGGGAGCGCCGGGACACGGGACACCAGGACCGGGAACACCGGGAGCACCGGGACCGGGAGCACCGGGAUUGGGAAUACCGGGAGCUCCGGGACACGGGACACCGGGACCGGCAACACCGGGAGCACCGGGAUUGGGAAUACCGGGAGCGCUGGGACACGGGACACCGGGACUGGGAACAUCGGGAGCGCCGGGAAUACCGGGAGCACCGGGACCGGGAACAUCGGGAGGUGACUCCCUGCUCUACCUGGACCCUCACCUGUGCCAGCCCUGCGUGGACACCACCCGGCCCGAUUUCCCUCUGCAGUCUUUCCACUGCUGCUUCCCACGGAAAAUUCCCUUCGGGAAGAUGGAUCCCAGCUGCACCUUCGGCUUCUACGCCGCUGCGACGGAGCUGGAGCAGCUUUGGGGGGACCUGGCCCAGGUGCUGUCCCCCCGCUCGGCUCCGGAGCGUUAUCCCAUCUUCAGCCUGGCCGAGGGUCGCGCUCGGGACCACCACCCCAAAAACCCGGACCCCCACCCCCCCGGGCAGCCCCCUCCCCUU